UUCAACCAGGUAAGCUGCAUCAAAACACUCAGGGCCCAGCAGGAAUAAAUGCUCCCAGCCUCCCAUUCUAUUCACAAUGCCGCUUUUCCAUGACCUGCUGUCUCUCGUCUGGAUUCCCAUGGGAUUUCAUACACAACCUCUGUACAUGAUCUUUUGCUUUACCGCUGCGUAUUACUAACAUCAUGCAUCAGAGAAUCGGUAGUUGUCCUGAGUUGUAAUCAGGCUUAAUUACGUGCAUACUCCGUGACUUCUUCCAUGGCCUUGCAAGGAGCUUCUUCAUCUUCUUCUUCCUUUCUUUCUUUCACCGAUCAGUACCGCUGGGCAUAUGAUGUAUUCUUGAGUUUUAGAGGUGAAGAUACUCGUAAUAAUUUCACUGCCCAUCUAUAUGAUGCUCUACAUCGAAAGGGAAUCAACACUUACAUAGACUAUGAUCUUAGAAGAGGAAAUGAAAUUUCAUCGGCACUUCUCAAAGCUAUUGAAGAGUCGAGAAUUGCGGUUAUUAUAUUCUCUCAAAACUAUGCAUCUUCCACAUGGUGCUUAGACGAAUUGAAGAAGAUCCUUGAUUGUAAUAAAACAAGGCAACAAAUUGUUCUUCCUGUAUUUUACAACAUAGAUCCAUCAGAAGUACGACAUCAAAAAAGAAGUUUUGGUGAAGCAUUUGAAAAACAUCAACAUAGGUUUAAUGAUGACAUGAAAGUGCGGAGCUGGAAGGAAACACUCAAAGAGGUGGCCAACUUGUCCGGGUUUCAUUUAGGGAACAGGAAUGAAUCUGAAUUCAUUAGCGAAAUUGUUGAAGAGGUUUCAAGAAUAGUAAAUCGUAUAUACUUAAACGUUGCCAAGUAUCCAGUUGGAAUAGAGUCUCAUAUACAAGAUAUUAAUUUGCUUCUAAGUAUUGGGAUGAAUGACAUACGCAUGAUAGGGAUCCUUGGAGUUGGUGGAAUUGGAAAGACGACCAUUGCCAAAGCAAUCUACAACUCAAUUGCUUACCAGUUUGAAGCUAGUUGUUUUCUUGCAAAUAUUCGAGAAAAUUCAAAUCGAGAGGGUGGUCUAAUGCACCUGCAAGAGACACUUCUUUGUGAGAUCUUAGGAGACUCUAGAAAUUUGAAAGUUGGUAGUGUUGAUAGAGGAAUCAAUGUGAUAAAGCAUAGGCUUUGCUCUAAAAAGAUUUUACUAAUUCUUGACGAUGUGGAUAAGUUGGUCCAAUUAGAAAAUUUAGCUGGAGAUCAUGAUUGGUUUGGUUUAGGAAGUAGAAUCAUUAUAACAACAAGAGAUCAAAAUUUAUUGACUAGUCAUGAAGUUGAUUCAAUAUACAAGAUGAAUGAGUUGGAUCACGACAAAGCUCUUCAGCUCUUUAGUUUACAUGCCUUCAAAAGAGAAAAGCCUAUUGAUGAUUAUGUGGAACUAACAGAAGAUGCUAUACGAUAUGCAGGAGGUCUUCCACUAGCUUUAACGGUUCUAGGUUCAGAUCUAAAAGGUAGAAGCAUACAUCAAUGGAAAAGUGCUUUGGAUAAGCUCAAGAGAAUUCCUAACAAAGAUAUUCAAAUGAUACUGAGAACAAGUUAUGAUGGAUUGGAUGAUAAUGAGAAGGAUAUUUUCCUUGAUAUUGCUUGUUUCUUCAAAACAAAAGAUGUAGAUUAUGUCAUCAAAGUAUUGGAUAGUUGUCGUUUCUUUCCAGAUGAUGGUAUUCAAAGGCUUAUGGAUAAGUGUCUCAUAAGUGUUGAUGAGAAUGAAAAAUUGUGGAUGCAUGACUUGUUACAAGAUAUGGGUAGAGAAAUUGUUCGACAAGAAUCACCUAAAGAACCUGGCAAACGUAGUAGGUUGUGGUUUCAUGAAGAUGUUCGUUCUGUACUAGAGGAAAAUACGGUAACAAACAAAAUUGAAGGGAUAUUGAUAGAUUUGCCAGAACGAGACUUGAUAUGCUUAGGUUCCAAAGCAUUCAUGAAGAUGAAAAGACUCAGAAUAUUUAUAAAUCGCAAUGCACGUUUAUCUGGAGGGCCUAAUUACCUUUCUAAUGAGUUAAGCUUGCUUGAUUUGGGUGAAUGUCCUUUGCAAUCUUUGCCAUCCAAUUUUCAUGGAAAAAAACUCAUCGACUUUCAGAUGCGUAGUAGCCACAUAAAAGAAUUGGGGGAGGGAAUCAAGAAUUUUCAGAACCUCAAGUUUAUGAGUUCUUUUGAUUGUAAAUUCCUAACAACCAUUCCUGAUAUCUCAAGAAUUCCAAAUUUAGAGGAAUUGUAUCUUCGUAAUUGUGAAAGUUUAAUUGAGGUUCAUGAUUUUGUUGGGUCCCAUGAUCAUCUGACCUCUUUAUCAUUCUUCGGAUGCUCUAGCCUUAAAAGUUUUCCAAGAAGCCUCAGGAUGAGAUCUUUAGAAUCUCUUGUCGUUGAAGAUUGUUCAAGCCUUCAAAGUUUUCCUGAUAUUGAGUGUGAGAUGGAAUGCUUAAGAUUCAUUAAAUUUGAUCAAGCUCCUAUAAAAGAAUUGCCUUCAUCCAUUGGGUAUCUCACUGGCCUUCAGGAUAUAUACAUUAAAGGCUGCAAAAACCUGAUGCAUCUCCCAACUAACAUUCUUGAGUUGCAGCAUUUACGCAAUCUUUGUGUCAAAAAUUUUUCAGAAAUUGUUAAGCUUCCAAAGGAGAAAAGAUGUUCCACGCCCUGUGUCAUGUCAACAGAAGAAUGUGAAAUUUCAUCAAAUGAAGAAUUGCUCUUGCCACCUCCAUUGCCAGCACUAGAAUAUUUGAAUCUCUGCGAUUGUGUCCUAUCAAAGUCUGAUUUCUUUACAGCAUUUAAUUUCUCAUCCACUUUGGAAACUUUAGAACAGUCAAGGAGUGAUAUUGUUAUUCUUCCCACAAGCAUCAAAAGAUUUGUUGGACUGAGGUGCCUUAUGUUGUUGGAUUGCAAGCAACUUGAACAAAUUUUAGAACUUCCACCAAAUAUAGAAGAGGUGUUUGCCAGUGGAUGCAUUUCAUUGGAAACCUUUCCAGAAGUAGGAAAAAAAUUUGAGUUCAAUACAAGCACCUUACCAACACUACAUUGGAUUGACUUGUCUGCAUGCAAUAAAAUGCUUGUGAAUAUCAGGAAUCAUGUCACAAAUCCUUUAUUGGGGCAACUUGAGGAGGCACUUUCAGGUGGCAUUAUAUUUCCAGGGAAUAAGAUUCCAGACUGGUUUAGCCAUCGCAAGGAGGUUUCAAACAGUGACUCUUGUGAAAUACAAAUUAAUGGACCCUUGUGUUUGGAUCAGAUCAAAGGAAUUGUUUUGUGUGCUGUUAUUGGACCCACUAUUGGGAUCACCCCAGGUACACCCCCUCCUGAUAUUAGUGCUAAGAUCAUUGGCAAUGGAGUCGAAAGGUUCCUUAGAGAAAGAACAAUUCAUUUAAUGGAUCAUGUAUGGCUAGAGUACUCCAUUCCGGAAUCUUUUAACCAAGAGGAGAACAGUUUGCGAGUUGAGUUUUCUUGUGAAUCAAAGAUAGUGUUCUUUAAAGGCUGCGGGUUGCAUUUGAUAAACAAGCUCGAAGAAAAUGUGAAAGUUCAUCCAAGUGUGCUCCCUAAGAAUGUUGAUGUCGAGAUUGAAGAUUCAGUGGCCUCAAUGGAUGGUAUUCAAGUUUCUAAGAGACAACGUGAUGGUGAUGAUGACAUCUUGUAAUCCAAUUGGUACCUACAAUAGAAGAGUCUAAAGUCCACUCAUGAUGCCGUUGAUGGUAGUAUAGAAUGAACUGAUUUUGCCACUGGGGUGGGUUAUACAGACUUAAAAUUUGUUAUAGAAUUGCUGGUUGUUUUAAGCAUGUCAUUAAAGAGGAUGAAUAACUUUAGCCCCCUCAUUACCUAAUAAGUUUCGUAUAACCCAACAAUAUUGACAAAGUUGCACUCCAAGCUA